ACUUCAAUUAACCAGUAUUUUUAAAUAUUUCGAAUUAAGAUUUAAUUCUAAAGUAAAAUUGUUUUCAUCGAUUUUAAAUACAAUUUUAAUGAUUAUUUAUUCACCAAUCGUCGUUUAUGCACCAGGACUUAUUGUAUCACAUGUCACAAAAAUCAACGUCCAUUACAUAACACCAAUUAUUUGUUUAGUUUGUAUACUUUAUACAGUUUUUGGUGGAAUCAAAGCGGUUAUUUGGACGGAUGCUUUGCAAUCAUUGAUAAUGAUUGGUUCAUCAGCUACGGUUAUUGCACUCGGAAUCAUAGAACAUGGUGGAAUUGGAAACGUUUUUAAAACGAAUUAUGAAACGGGUCGAUUCAUUUUAAAAUUUGAUUUAGAUCCAACGUUAAGAGAUACGAUAUGGAGUUUGACUUUUGGCACUUAUUUCCAUGUUUUGGGAAUAUACAGUUUUGGACAAAGUACAAUUCAAAAGUAUCUAUCUUUAAAAGACUUUAAAGAUGUAAAAAGAACAAACAUAAUUGCUUCGUUUGGAUUAAUAUUGGUAUUUUUCUUGUGCCAACUAUGUGGAUAUGUGGCUUUGGCUCGUUACGUUUUUUGCGAUCCUAAAAGUGUGAAUAAAAUACAAAAACCCGAUCAAAUUUUACCUUAUUACAUCAUGGAUUUAGGCAAAUCAUUUCCAGGCUUGGCCGGAAUAUUUGUAGCUGGUGUUAUUAGCGCCGGAUUGAGCACUUUAUCGGCCAUACUUAACAGUUUAGCUGCAACAAUGUACAACGAUUUCUUAUGUAAUUUAUUACCCAAUAAAAUCGUUAAAAACCACGAAGCAACAACUUUAAAAUUUCUCGUCGCUAUUUUAGGGGUUUUAUGUGUCUCUAUGGUUUAUAUUAUUGAACAUUUAGGAACAACACUACUUCCUUUGGUAACAACUUUUCUUGGACUUACAAGUGGUCCGAUGGUAGGGUUAUUUUUUGCAGGAAUGUUAUUACCCAAUAUAAACGCAACGAGUGUCUUAAUCGGUGGAGUAACCUCCUUAGUAAUACUUAUAUGGAUCGUUUUUACUUCACAAUGGUAUAAAACAAACAAAAUGCUUGUAUAUCCGACUUUAAAUGUGUACACAAAUAGUUGUAAAUUUCAAACCAACGAUUCGAGUAUUCUUUUGAAUCCAAUAACGAAUAUAACAAAUGUAACAAUCAAUGACGUGCCGUGGAUUUAUAGAAUAUCUCACCAUCUUUACCCAAUUAUUGGAGUUAUAGUUGUUGUAGUAAUAAGCUUAAUAGCGAGUUAUUUCUUUAAAAAUAAGGAGCCUGUUAAUGAAGAUUAUUUAAGUCCGGUGGUUGCGCGUUAUAUGAGACGAAAGCGUUAUGGAAAAUCAGCCAGUUAUGUUAGUAUAGAGAAAGCUCAUUUGCAAUUAAAUGAUAUAAAAGACUGAACGAUUUAAUGUUUCUAAUUAAUUUAAUUAAUUUUUCAUAUACUUUUUUAAUUUGUGCUGUAAUUUAACAGAAAUUCAUUAAAGUAAAACUAUUUAACCUUGAA